UCCCCGCUUUCUCCGGGAAGAACUUCCGGUGUCGUUUCCUGUCAGUGUUUGUAAACUGAGAAAAAAUUGGAAGUGCGACAAAAAAUAAUAACCUACAAAACUCUAAAAAUCAAAAGGCUUUGGCCCCAGAUGAUUUGGGUGGGUGUGGUCUCUUCUGUUACCCCUCAUCCUAAGUGAAGCCCCCUCUGUUCCCACAAACACACACGCAUACAAACCACGGCGAUGACACACCAUUCUAACAACUCUGUUCGAGACCAUAUGAAAUGGGCUGGGUUGCUGGGCUGCGAGGCGGUGCUGUCCAGCAUGGCCCUGAUGCAAGCCAACAACAUCCCAGGCCAAAAGAGGAUGAUGUCACCGUUGGGUCAAGGGCACAGGUCCAGUCCUGAGAGCCACCAAACCCAUUCUCAGCACAGCCACAACCACCACGGACACCAGGUUCACCACGGACAACCCCACCACAGUAACAUGGGCCAUCCUUCAGCCGGGAGCUGUCCACCCUUGCUGAUCCGAAAAGACGGGGACUAUCACUCAUCAAGAUUGAUGGAUGGAAAAGACAUGCAAGCAAAUCAGAAUAUGCAACCCAAGAAGAAGCACAAAAAAGCAGGGUCAUCCAGCAAAGUUAAAGUGGAGCAUUUACUUCCACAAAUCGAUAUGAGCGAUGACAGCUCCUUGAAAGUCCAGAAGAACUUCAUCUGCGACCACUGCUAUGGAGCUUUCCGGAGUAGUUACCAUCUCAAGAGACACAUUCUUACACACACAGGAGAGAAGCCGUAUGCUUGUGACGCGUGCGACAUGCGGUUUAUUCAGCGUUACCACCUGGACAGACACAAGAGGGUGCACAGCGGAGAGAAGCCGUACCAGUGUGACCGCUGCCAUCAGAACUUCUCACGGACAGACAGACUGCUGAGACACCGACGGCUAUGUACAGUGGGGAUGAGCAAAGAGGAAAGCCAGUUCUCACAGGAUGCAUCCGCCCAUCCAGCUUCCUGGAGCCCCCUACAGCCUUCCAACAACCGUCUGACUGUCUGACCCUCUGCUUCCCGUAGAGACCACACAGACAGAAAACAGCAGCCUGCAGCUCAGUAACGUCACACAUUGGAGCUCAACAGAACUGUAAGCUGAAAACGGCGUUGCUCAAACACAACCAAACUUUACUUUGCUCUCGCCAGCUCAUUCACAGAGCUCAAUAAUGGAUUUUUAUAUUUUUUUAAUCUACUGUUCCAUUUUACGACCCAGACAAAAGGGGAAGGACUAAUUCCUGAUCUUGGACAACAGGUCUUGGUACUAUGGCAAUAACUGAAACAAAAAUGCACACGUCUCCUUUCAACUUAAAGGUUGCAGGUAUUUUUACUGUUGUUGCUGCCGAGGGAUUCCAAGUAUUUUUGACUGUCAAUGUAUCGUGCAGCAUCUUUUAGGUAUCCUGUUGACCUGCAAACAACCCCAGUGCUGGCCUCUACUCCAUACGGACAGUUCACUAAAGGACACACAUACAGAACUGGGUAGCUUUUCAGUGUUCAAGUUCUUUUCUUUUUGUGUACCUUACGCUACUAAUUCUGUACCAGCUACUGCUCAUAAGUGAAAGGUCACAGCAGACUUGUGGUCCUAUUCAACACUGAAGGUGUGCGUAACACAUCUGAAAUGACAUUUAAUGUUAUUUUUAAUAACAGCGAUGUUAACAUGAAUUGGGCUUAUUACAGAGUAAAAUGCAACUUGUAUUCCAUUUUCACUUCAUGUAGAAGAUCACAUUUUUUUUUAAACGGGUUUCAAAUAAUUUCUAACAUACUAUUUACCUAGCUGUAAAACUGGAUUACAGACGCUACCCUGUUGGUGAUGUGUACAAACAGGUUGAAACACACUAAAAGUUAACUAGAUGCUCCUGAAAUGUAGAAUGUUCAACUAAUGUUGGCAUUAGUUAAGUUGUGUAGCGACGGUUGGCUUUCAUCCUCACUGUCUACCUUGUUUUAAAGGGGUUUGUUCUGACUGUUUAUACGUUACACUGUUGAAACACAGCAGAAGGCUGACAGGUUUCUUAGGAAGAGCAAAGAGUUUUUUGAUGCUCUUGAAUUAAGUUACUGAGCUUCUUUAUCCUUUAAUGACUGGAUGUAGGAACAUUAGAAAUGAAGGUGCCUCUGUAAAAAAAAAAGAAAAAAAAAAAAAAAAAAAAAAAAAAACUCAAUAUAAAUGAAUUGUCUUUACUGUCUCUCUGUUCCUAGAAACCACUGUCAGUCUUAUUUUUCUCCUGCUCAGCAUUUAUAGAUUUUUCUAAAUUUGAAAAAUGUCCGUCCUUUCAAAUGUAUUUUGGUAAGUGAGGCAGGUCUAAAAUUAUUUUCGGCGGAGGUACGGAGGAAAUGUGGUGCCGAUUAGUCAUAUUCAGUGCCCAGACCAACUCAAACAGUUGAAAGUAUUAUUUGGUUCAUCCACAGAGCUCUCCUCCGUCUUGACAUAACUGAAUGUGAUCUGAACACAGUGCCAUCUCAUUUCAUCUCCAGUUUAACUUUGAGCAUCUUCAAUGAAGAUGAUGAGCUGUGGACAGGGGAAUAUAAAGUCCAUGCGGUGUUCUGUAAAGUGAUAACCUGCUUUAUAUUAUUUUUAGGCCUCUGUAUGAUGAAUUCAGAUGGUAAACACUGGACUGAAGAUGUUAGCUCAGUUGUAGAGGAUUGUAUUGUAGACUGGUACUUCUGUUGCUGUCAGACUUUUAGAUUAUGUGAAGGGAGUUUGGGGCCUACCACUGAGUUGUCUACUUUUUAUGAAGUUAAUAUAUAUUUAAAUUGUAUUAGGGGUAGAAAAUAGUACGUAUGGGACCUACACUUCAGAAGAAAAUCAAAGUAUUUACAAAGUUAUAAUCCUUAGUCUGAUGAUUUCUUAUGACAACUGAAGGAAGUCAUCUUUCAACCUCUGUUAGGAGUAAAUUAAAAGCUGCCACUCUUGCUUUUGUUAGUAUAGCAGCCAUGAUUAGUCAGCAUAUUUUUUCUUUUGCAUGUGUUUGUUGGAGGAUCUUCUCUACAUUUUGUUUUGGUAAGGAGAUUUUUUUAUGUGAGCCCCACCUUUUUUGUCAUUUCAGGGGUGAAGUGAUAUCUAUUUUGACUCAAUCGUUCUGUAGUGAAAGGAGUUUUAGGGCCCCAAGUCUCAAUA